UCCAACACGCAGCGGCGGCGGUGCGAGCAGAGCUCCGGCGGCAGCGAGCGAGCAGAGCCAGCCCUGCGACCGGGAGAGGACGCCGGGGACCCGGGGAGAGCCAUGGCCGCCAACAUGUACCGGGUUGGAGAUUAUGUUUAUUUUGAGAACUCGUCCAGUAACCCACUGCUGAUCAGGAGGAUAGAGGAGUUGAACAAGACAGCCAAUGGGAACGUGGAGGCCAAAGUGGUGUGUUUUUACCGGCGCAGGGACAUCUCCGGCACACUCAUCGCCCUGGCAGACAAACAUGCAAGGGAGCUGGAGGAGGAGAUGGAGAAUCCAGAGAUGUCCGACCUCCCUGAGAAACAGAAACACCAGCUCCGUCACAGAGAGCUGUUCUUGUCCCGCCAGCUGGAGUCUCUACCUGCCACACACAUCAGGGGGAAGUGCUGUGUGACUCUGCUGAAUGAGACUGAAGCCCUGAAGUCCUACCUGGACAGAGAGGAUGCCUUCUUCUACUCGCUGGUGUAUGACCCUCAGCAAAAGACUCUGCUGGCUGAUAAGGGGGAGAUCCGCGUUGGGAACAAGUACCAGGCCGACAUCACCGACCUCCUGAAAGACGAUGAGGGCGACGGCAGAGAGCUGGAGAAACUGGAGGAGAAGACCUGGGACCCAAACAGCUUACUGACAGAGAAACAGAUCGACCAGUUCCUAGUUGUUGCUCGGUCAGUCGGCACAUUUGCCAGAGCGUUGGACUGCAGCAGUUCUGUGCGGCAGCCGAGUCUUCACAUGAGCGCUGCUGCAGCCUCCAGAGACAUCACCUUGUUUCAUGCCAUGGACACACUCCACGCCACGACCUACGACAUGACUCGAGCCAUCGCAGCUCUGGUGCCUCAGGGGGGGCCCGUCCUCUGCAGGGACGAGAUGGAGGAGUGGAGCGCGUCCGAGGCCAACCUGUUCGAGGAGGCGCUCGAGAAAUACGGCAAAGAUUUCACCGACAUCCAGCAGGAUUUUUUGCCCUGGAAGUCCCUGACGAGUAUUAUUGAGUAUUACUACAUGUGGAAGACCACAGACAGAUAUGUACAGCAGAAACGAUUAAAAGCAGCCGAGGCAGAAAGCAAGUUGAAGCAGGUCUACAUCCCGAACUAUAACAAGCCAAACCCCAACCAGCUGAGCAACAACAUCAAACCACCUCUGGUGAACGGAGCGGCGGCUCCAGGGAUCCCAGGACUUGCAGGGGUACCAGGACUUGCAGGGGUUCCAGGACUUCCAGGGGUCCCAGGACCUGCAGGGGUCCCAGGAACUCCAGGGGUCCCAGGACUUCCAGGUGUCCCAGGACUACCAGGCUCGGUCCAGACCCCCGGCCUGGGCAGAGCCUGUGAAAGCUGCUACAGUAGCAGCUCCUAUCAGUGGUACUCGUGGGGACCUCCCAACAUGCAGUGUCGCCUGUGCGCGACGUGCUGGACCUACUGGAAGAAGUACGGAGGGCUGAAGAUGCCCACGAGGCUGGAGGGAGAGAGGCCCGGACCCGCCCGCACCAUCAUGAACCCCCAUGGCCUCCCCAUGCGCCACGGCGGCAGCCCCAAGUUUGCCGUGAAGACGCGACAGGCGUUUUUCCUGAUGACCACCACGGUGACGCGGAUGACUCGCCGCCUCUGCCAGGAUAUCAUACGACCACGAUUCCUGGCCAGGCACCCGUACCUCCCCGUCAACUCAGUAGCCAUCAAGGCCGAAUGUGCCCUGCGGAUGCCAGACGGGCCUUCAGCACUGAAAAAGCCUCCAGCACUGAAACCUGUGGAACGUAAACCUCUGGAGUCUGUGGUUCGAUAUUUAGAAGCACAUCCCUGUCCGGUCAAGCCCAAUCCUCCAAUCCGUGGGGCGUCCAUCUCUUCAGCCAGCCUGACGCCCAUAAAAUCCUCCCCCAUCCUCAACAACGGCUCCCCCACCAUCCUGGGCAAACGCUCCUAUGAGCAGCACAACGGAAUGGAUGGCUCUAAAUCUAAAAUCCUGGCUCCUCAGUGGGACAUCAUGGCCAAGCGGAUGAGCGAGGUGGCGCGACCUUCGGUCUCGAUGCAGGACGAGAUCCACGAACUGGACUGAACGCUCUGUGGAACAACCUCUACUGCAAACCUC